AUGUAUGUUUAAGAGGCGAAAACACGCGCCACAACCAAGGAAAUGCUUUUACGAAUGCUGGGUACUCGAACUGGAAGAAGCAGUACAGUAAUAUCACAAAGCACGAAAAGUCCGAAAGUCAUAUAAAUGCCAAGAUUGCUCAAGUUAUCUUUUUGCAAGGACGAUCAAUCGAUUCAUGCUUGAAGCAACAAGAAAAGACCGAAAUUUUGCGUCGGAAGAAAGAAGUCGUGGCAAACCGCAGUAUUAUGGAACGCGUUGUCGACACUGUUGUACAUUUGGGAAAGCAGGGACUUGCUUUCAGAAGGCAUCGAGAAUCGCUAAUUGAUGACCCAGAAGAAAAUAAAGGAAAUUUUCUAGAGUCGCUGAAUUACCUGUCAACCUACGAUAUAACAACUGUGAAUCAUCUUGAAAAGGUUAGAAAUCAGCAAGCUAUAUCGAGAAGAAAGGGCGGGGAAAAAGGUGCCAAAGGACGGGGUUCGAAACUAACUUUCCUCAGCAACGAUACGCAGAAUAAUGUGAUCAAAAUUAUUGGAAGAGAAAUCGCCUCGCAAAUUGUCAAAGAAAUCGGUAAUUGCAGAGCAUGGGCAUUAAUAGCCGACACCACAUCGGAUGUCAGUCACCACGAGCAGCUUAGAAUUUGUGUAAGGAUCGUUAAUCGUAAUGGAAAAUGCUCCGAGCACCUUUUGUCUUGCAAAAGAGCUUCCGGUACAAAAGCAAUGGAACUAUACAAUCUAAUCCAGAAACACUUGUCUCGAAAGGUGUGUCGUUUGGUAAACUCGUAG